UUACUGAUUUUAAGUAGAAAAAACAAAUCUAAAAAUUAAAUAUCAAACUAAAAAUUUGAAUAGAAAAUGGAAUUUGAUCGGUCCAGUAUUUCGCCUUUUUCUUAAAGGUCAAGUGAUUCUCCUGCUCAUAUUAAUAUACCAUAGCUGAAUAUUCGUAAUAGAUCAUUUUCUUCACUAAAAUCAAUCAAUUUAGGUAAAAAUAGCAGUCCUAAAUCAAUGGAAUAAGAAAAUUAAUAUGUUUUAAGUGAGACAAAAAAGUUGCUUUAAAGGGGCAAAUAUAAAAAAGCAUUUAUUAAUCUUAGAAGAUAUUUAAUGGAUUAAGAAAUAAGUAAAAGUAUUCAAAUAGAUUUUUAUUAGUAAAUUAUACACAUUUGUCACAAAAUUAUCAAAAAAUACUUUAAGAAAACAACUCCAAAAAUUUUAAGCAAAGUCCCUCCUUUGAUGAGUAUAAUUUACUAAUAUCUUAAUUAAUGGGAGUCUUUUCUUGUAAGUUUGCAAAGUGAAGAAGAUUGCAAAGAUUUGAUUUUUACCAAAUAGGCUAGUGUAUAAGAAUAGGUUCUAAUAAAAAAAUAAUCUCUUAUGUAAAAAGAUCUUUAGGAAGCAAAGACCACAGCAUACAAAUAAUCUCAGUUUUAAGCUAAUCACGCAAGAAACAAAUAAUAAGUAACCUAAAACAACUUUUCAGAGAGUUACGAGCAAGUUAAAUUAGGAGAAGAUAAGUAGAAUAAAAUAUCUUAAAAAAAUUUAAUUGAAUUUGAUGAGCCUCUCCAAAAGAUUAGUGAUCAUCAGGAAUAAGAUUAAGAGGAAGAUGAGGAAGAAGAAGAGGAGGAUAAAUAUGAUCCUCUGAUAUUUAUAAAAGAUAAAUUUCAUUUGCAUAGAGAAUAAAUGCUAAAUCAUUACCUCAAAACCCUAUAUUUAAGCUAUUAAUUUCAUAAGCAAGUAAAUUAACCUAUGAGAUCAUUAAAAUUUUUAAUGAAAGGUUCAAGUAUAGUGAGAGAUUUUUUGAGUAAUUUACUAUUUAUUUCAAGUGCAGACCUCUCAUACAUUGCAGCAACAAUAGAACUCACAAGAGGAAAUAUACAUUUAGAGUAAAAUCAAAUAGAGGAAGCUAAUAUAGCUUACGAAUAUGCUUUUUAAAUGUAAAGAAAUGCUAUUGAAAUUUGGUUUAAGAAGCUAGGAAGCUUUAGUAAACAAGACAUACCAAUUAAAUUUGAAAUUAAAUGUGAAAAAUGCAUUACUCAAAUUGUUUUAAUUCUAUUGGUUAAAUCAAGUUGUUUUGAGAUGCAAAACUAGUUUUCUAAAGCUCUUGAGACUAUUUAAUUAGCAAACUGGUUUUCAAAUAAGCUGCUAUUAUAUGAGUCAUCAAGCUAAUUAAAAUAAAAAAUAAAUAAUCAUUACAAUUUUCUUAAAGAUAAAUACGGAGAUCUCUUAUAAGAGGAAGCAGAAAUUUAAAAAAUUCUUAGGUAAUUUGAUGAAUCUAAAAAAAAUUUCAUAGAAUAAAAAUAAAAAGAAGAUUCUAGUAGAAAAUAAAAAUUAAUUGAUGAUUUGAACUCUUAUCUUUAUAAAAAGGCUGAGUGUGAGUAGUUAAAUAAAAAUCUCAAAAUUUUAGUGAAAAAACAAAAUCCUUUAACUUAGAAGGAUGAGUAUAAUAUAUCACUAUAAUUGAUCUCCUCUUAAGAUAAUAUCCAUUAAGCUGAUACCUAAGCUGUUAAGAAUGGAUUUGAAUCAUAGAAACCAAAAUCUUUGAGCUAGAUAUUUAAUUCAAACAAUAAUUCGAACCAUGCACUUUAAUACUAAAAUUAAAGAAAGGAACCUUCUAAAAAUUAUUUAUAAAUUUUUAACUCGAAAGCUCAAAAUAAUAAAAGCCUUUCUGAAAUUCCUAGUUUUUAAGACUAAACCACAUAGAUAACUACAGGAUUAGCUACAUCUAAACUAUAUGGGAUUUAAAAUAAUCUAAUGAAUGGAUAACACUAAAAUAAAAAUAAAUCUUUUAGAGAAGGGUUUAAUAUAAAUAAUAUCAUGGAUUAUACUGACUUAGAAUAUGCUUAAAAUAGUUAGAUUCAUUCAAAAAGAUAAUCAUUUUCCACCCACGGAAUAGAUCUUAACUCAAUAAUAAAUUUUGAUUAGAAUAUCAAUAAUUAGAAUUUAUCAAAUAACACGUAGCUAUAACAAAAAAACUCAGCAGAAGAUUAAAAAUUAAAUAGCAGCUUUAAUAAUUAAGGAAAUUUUAUAUCUCCUAUAGCAUUUAAUUAACAUAAAUAUUUAAAUUCAAAUAAUCAGUUAAAUCCAUCCUCGAAAAAUUUCAAUUCUGGAAACAAUUCUAACAACUCUAGCUUUAUAGGAUUACAUAACUAAUUUAAUGCCAAUGUUGGUCCUAAUUUAUAUUUAACUGACGCUUUUUAAAAUAACUAUGCCAAUGGCUCUUAAGCAACAUCGCCUAGGAUAUAAGAUUUAAGCUAACUUACUUCAGAUCAAUAAAGCUUAUUAAAUAAUCUCAACUUUUAAAACAAAAUUUAGCUCUAAAGGAAUUCUUUUUCUUAGGAUUUAUUAAAAACAAACAAUGACACACACUUUGAAUAACGUAUUAGACCUUUUUCUGGUGUAUCUAAAAUAGAAGAUUCACAGAUAAGAAAAACUAGCUUAUAAUUAAAACAAUAAAAUUAUGCAAAAAAAUAAAAUUUAUCAUUAAACUAAUAUGAUUUAGAUAAAAUACAACAAAAUGAUAAUCAUCAAUUAAUUUAAAAACUAGGAAAUAAAAACUAUUUAAAUGUCAACUUAAAUUAAAUAUAAAAUGCAUCUCCCUCCUAAAAUAAUUUUAGUAAAUCAAAUACCAAGCUAGAUAGCUAAAGAAGGUAAACUAGAAUGACAUAAUCUCAGUCAAAAAUUGCUUCAUUUAAUAAUCUUAAUCAUUAAUAAAAGCCAAAUCACCAUAAGUAAAAGGAAGAAAUUAAAAAACACAAAGUUAUUACAAAUGACUUAUAUUUUAACAAGGAUCCUCCUAAAUUUAAUGAAGAACCUGAAAAAAUUGAACAAUUAAAAUAGAAAUACAAAUUUAUGAGAGAUGAUGAAGAUGAUGUUAAAGAAUUGCAGUAGAAAUAGGAAGUAAAGUAUAAAUUUAUGAAAAUACCUUUAGAUUAACGAAGAGAUUUAAUUGAUCUUGAUAUUUGUAUGAAGAAAGUAAUUUAAGAAUAACUUGUUUCAUAAACUGACCAUGCAAAGUAUCCAUAUAUGCACUGGCUUUGUGGAAAAACUUUAUAAUAGGUCAAUAUGGAUAAAAAAGAGCUUUAAUUUUCUAAUUUAAUGGUGCAAUUUAAACAAAAAAAUGGUAACGGUAAAUCAAUUCCUUAAAUUCAAUAAAAGGAAGAUACUAUGGUAGCUAUAUAAAGAGAGAUUAAAUAGUUUAACGAGUAGGCAACCAUUUCUAGAAUAAAAGAAAAGGUAAAAUUCAACUAAUCUGGAAAUAAGAUUCACGACAGUAAAGCAUUUGAAAAAAUAUUUAAUUCAAAGCCUGAGAGCUAAUAACCUACAAAACCUGAAUAACAUCUUGAUGUAGAAGCAAAAUAAAAUAUAAAUUUGAGAUCUAAACUGAUGUAAGCAGCUUAGAAUCAAAAGUAAAUAGAUGAAGGAUUAGCUUAAAGCUCUUUAGAUGGUAAAAAUUCAGACAAAAAAAGAGCUGUAUCCUUAUUAAGCAGUAUUUAAGAAUAAAAGUAAAACUAAUAAAUUAAAAACCGGUCUAAUAAUUCUGAUCAUAAAAAGAUCAAAUAGAACUAAAAUAUAAAUAUGCAACUAGUAGAAAAUAGUGAGCAACAGAAGCUAUUUGACUAUUAGCAAUAAAUUGAAAAGGCUGAUUAUGCAUUGAAGUAAAUUGUACUCUCAAAUGAGCAAGAAAGAGAAAACAUCAAUAAACAAAUAGAGAAUCUACAAAGCAAGCACACUAAAAUAGGCGUAAAAGAAUUAGUUUAAACUCUGACUAAAAAAGAAGAAGAAGCAUAUAUAUCACAUAAAUCAAUUUUAAAUGAAAACGAUGAAACUGAUAUUACUCAUUCAUAUGAUGAUUUGGAUGUUAAAUAAAUCAGUAAUAAUAAUAGACACUAAAAAAUGAAAUACUAAUUAAAUGCCUAAAAGCAAAAUUCACAAAAAGAUAAAAUUCUCGCUUCAUCAAAGACAUUCAGCCAUGUAAAUCCAAAUUAUUUUAAUUUGAGCUAUUUGAAAAAAGAAUUUGGGGAUUAGCUUUAUUCAUCUGAUCAUAAGUAAUCAAAUAUUGCAUUUGAAGUUGAUAAAUUUUUGAAUCUUGCUUGCUCAACUAAAAAUCUUUCACAAUAAAGAAUGCUCAAGUAAAACUAAUUUAGCUUUGCAGAAGCCGCUUUACUAGCUAAGUUAAAAAAUAUGGAUAAUAGUGGGGGGAGCUCUACAAAGCAUGGAAAUAAAAACGGGAAAGCAACAGGAAGCAUGCCAAGAAGAUAUACACUUCUUUCCUAGUAAAAAAAUGUUUGA